AUGGCAACUCUAGAUUAUUUACCUGCCACAACAUACCGGCCGCCAACUUCGCCUGUGCAGGCACAGGCAAGAAGACGGCCACUUAAUACAAUAAUGGAAGAUGAAGAAGAAUCUGUAAGGGGUUCAAAACACAUGGAAAUGCGAGGUCGAGAUAGAUCCCCCUUGAAGGCAGACUUCCUUUCUCCCCUCAGCGACCACUUCCCAACGCCUCGAGCCAAUCAAUUCAUGCAACAAUAUCGUCCAGCUUCACCAUCCUGUUCAGACUCGAGCAAAGACUCUUCUUCCGCUCCUUCAUCAGCACCAUGGACAAGGACAAGUUUUACAACCGAUGCUACAGACUUCGAUGAUCUCUAUGAUGCUUCAUCCGACGACGAUAAUCAAAGGAGCAGCACUAUGAGGCAAAGAACUAGCGUUGGGCAGUUUUUAAGGUCAAACGGGUCGAACAGAUCAUCUAUGGGCUCUACUCGGAGCAGAAACUCCCUAAGCUCAUUGCCUUCACUUGUGAUUCCGUCAAGUGAAGAUCCAUGGGCGGAAGUUACCGCUUUCAAACGACAACUAGCCUCUCCAGUACCACCAACACCACCUCCGAGAGUAGCAAUGUCUCCCGCUGUUCUCACGUUCCUCAAGAAUCAAGAAAAUCUAUCAAUUCCAUCAUCAUCGACUCCACCUUCGUUGGAUGGAAGCAUGGAUUCAGAGCAGAUGGCCCAAAUAUCUGCUCCACCAACUCCAGAUGUCGGUUAUGAUAGUGAAGAAGAUGGUCCUCGGGCUAGCUGGGGUGUUCAAUUGCAACCUGCUGCUAUGGCCACGUUAGAGGCGAUCUCGGGACCUUCAAAUGACUACUUUGAUGAACAGCAGCCGGAACAAGUCAUUGAUUUGAGUACCGCACCGCAAGAAACUAUACCUGGCCAAGAGAUGCAGCAAAGCUUGCCACCGUUGAAUACAAACAUCCAUCGCGCUAACUCGCUAGUCCUUACUCCAAGUCAACAGCGAGCUAUGGAGAGUUUAACAAAUCUGGAGAUCCCAUCUCCUGGUGGCUUCUUUGCAUCUUUGGGCCAUGGCGCAAGACAUACCUGGCACCUUGUGCCUAUUACGCCAGACGAACCUCUUCCGCCUUCGUCAACUACCGCCGAAAACUUUUACAACACUCCGUGGGCACCUCAUCCAGUUGAGCGAAUCAUCGAACUUCCAGAGCCUGCUGAUACAGAUGGGCCACCGACUGCUAAAUUUAUUCGGCCGGAGAUCCGCCAUGACAAUUCUGAUGAAACAAUUGUCCCUGUCAGCUCUCCACCACCGAACAAAACUCAUUUUGAUGAAGAAAUUGUAGCUGACGAGAUCUUAACGGAUUACGCACCUGGAUAUAUCAACAAGCUUGAGGAUACUGCAAAUGCCAAUGUUGACCGGACAGCAUUAUGGCUUGCAGCUCAGCAUGACUACCUCUCGGAACUGAUCAAUCCUACAGAGGCUCGUGAUGAUGAAGUUGCUUUGUUGAAGCGAGCUGCCAGUGUAAGACUUUCAGUAGCAGAAAUGAAUAUCUCACCAAUUGAGCCUGAGCAACUGCCUUUGCAGCGGAAAAAGAUCGUUCGAUUUUCUACAGACCCAAUCAAUCAUGAUGUUUCUACUCCAGAAGCCGCUACUGCUACGCUUGCCGCACUAGCUGGACAUGCCUGUCCGUUACCCAAAGCCCUUCCUCAAGAAUCGACAUACCAUCGUGCCUUCAAACGCUCAGUUCGUAAAACCCGUCGUCGUGAUGUCUUCGUGCAUCGGGUGCCCAGGUUUGAAGCUAUGCAAUCUCAACGCGUAUCCUUUCCAGCAGCUCAUCGUGCCAGUCUUCUCGGUAAGUACCAAUUGAGCGUUCUUCCAAUGUCCCCAAAGCGUCGCAUGUCUUCCAACGUGGCUCGUGGCGAUGAUACCCCAUUUGAAGAUCCCGAAAAGCUCCAGCAUGACAAAGAAGCUGAAGCUCUUGAGCAAAUGUCACCUGCAGCCUGGAACGUCACAGCAACUAAAAUGCUUAACGGAGGUCGCUUAAUCGCAGCUCCGGUUGCCAAGCGACUUGCAAGACUUUCCUCAAUGGGUCCCACGAUCAACGGUACCCCUCGAGACCGUGCUCGCAUUCUCGAUCUGGGGGGACAAGCCACAUGUGAUUGGGCAUGGCAUUGUGCUACUGAAUAUCCCAACUGCAAAGUCUACACUGUAACCACCAAGGCUCUUCGUCAACUCUCAAACUCCAACAUUCGCGGUCCUAAGAAUCUUCGCCAGGUAGCUGUAGAACGUCUCGUUAAGCUUCCAUGGAAAGACAACCAAUUCGAUCUCGUCUCCGCUCGCGAAAUCUACAUGAUUCUCAAGGAGCGCGGUGAGAACGGUGAAGACGAAUGGGAAGCUUGUCUUAAUGAAUGCAUGCGUAUUCUUAAGCCAGGCGGAUAUCUCGACUUCUCCAUUAUGGAUUCGGAUAUCGUCAACGCGGGCCCAAUGGGCUUGGCCAAAAGCGUCGAGUUUGGAUUCAAUCUCAAGACCCUCGGUUACGACCCCUCUCCCACCAAACUCUGGCUUGGGCGUCUCAAACGGGCGGGCUUCGUAGGUAUCAAGCGCGCGUGGGUAUUUUUGCCCAUGGGUGCAGAUGCUGAGCAUAGAGUAGAUGUGGAGAGAAACAGUGUAGGUGAUCCAUUGGAAAUGGAAGCGAUGGUCAGCGGAAACACAGGAGAUGCAGCUUGUGUUACUGGAUUAGUCGGUGGCUGGGCUUGGGAAAAAUGGUUGUUGAGAUGUAGAGUUCAGACAGUGGGUGAUGAGGGCACGUUGGAGGGUGUACAGAAUCUCAUUGAAGAGGGUAGAGCUUGUGGUGCUGGAUGGAGAACUGUGAAUGGAUGGGCUAGAAAGCCAAUGGGAAAGAUGUAG